AUGCAACAGAGCGCAGUAAGACUAGCACGGGCGUACGUGCCUAUGAUCCGGUUUGUGGGGGGGAGACACCCUGCGGUAGCGCGCGGCGAAGCCGGCCCGCAUCCAUGCACUAGCGGGGGUCUGGCUCCUGGAUCACCCGAGUGCGUGUCCGUUGCAGAGUACUUGAGCAAGCUCACUCCGUUCCGCGUGGUGCGCUACACAAAGCCACAGGCUGGCGUCAACGGCUCACGCUACGAGUUCCGUCAGCGCGAACUACAAGAGGGCGAGCUAUCAUCGGUUCUGGACCUUCCUGCACGCUACCGCACGCGGCCGCUUGAGGACGCCGAGAUGGAGUGCAUUAACCAGGGCGGGAUCUACUGA